AUGAUUACAGCGCCGAACAGCCACUGCCGGACAGUCGUAGAGAAUGUGGACGACUCAUCGCCAACAAAAUCUGCACAGGGGGGAGCCCGACUUCCCCGUGAAGAAAUUUGUAAUAGUGCGGAUCCGGCUCCUGCUCAUCUCCAGCAACUCUGCUGUGAAUCCGCUGGAGUACGCCGAAAGAAACACCUUCGCAUGGCGGCACCCUUUCGCGUCCCGCCAGUGACGACCGCAUCACGCCACAGGCAGGCAGGCAAGGAGCUCUUUGCCAGGGAAGUUGCUGGCCAACACUCCCUUCAUGAUACAACAUCACCAAAUGGGGAAAGACUUUGCCAUCUUGCUUCGGGUACAUCGACAUAUAUAGUUAGCACACAUUUUCCGCAUAAAAAUAUACAUAAGGGUACAUGGACGGUAUCAGGAAGCAGUACUGUGAACCAAAUAGACCAUGUACUCGUAUCUAAAAGAUGGAUGUCAUCAAUACUAGACGUAAGUGCCUGCCGAGCUGCAAACUGUGAUAGCGAUCACUACAUGAUCCGAAUUAAAAUCAGACAAAGGAUCUCAAACGUUGGAAAGAAUAGGGGUCAAAAAAGAAAUAAAUACGACACAGAUAAAUUAAAAGACGAGAACACACUCACAAGAUAUAGAAAUAAAAUUGAAGAGCAGCUCAACAACAUCCAACAAACAGCGCAGGCCAAUAACAGUAUCAAUCAGGAAUGGGAAAAUUUGAGUAAAACAUUAGUAACUUGCACAAUGGAAACGGUAGGAAGGAAGCAAAUGCAGAGAAAUCAAGAGUGGUAUGACGAAGAAUGUGCCAAUGCUAUAAAAGAAAAAAAUAUGGCUAGGGAAAUCAUGCUAAAAAAGCGUACAGCCAUAAAAAAAAGAGUAGAAGAAAUCAAUUCAGCGCAUAAUAGCAAGAGCAUAAGAAAAUUCUAUGCUAAAUUAAAACAUGAAAAAGCUGGCUUCCAACCAAAAUUAAUAAAUGUUAAAGACAAGGACGGUAUUAUAUUAACUGAAAAAAUGCAAAUACUUAACAGAUGGAAGCAAUAUUUUCAAGAGUUAUUGAAUACAGAAUCAAGGGAAGAAACAACACAAUGGGUGGCAGCGGGGGAUCAGGAGGAACGUGUCGAUGAGCCUUCUAUGGAUGAAGUGCUCAACUCCAUUGAUUCUCUAAAGGCACACAAAUCACCCGGAGAAGAUUCAAUAACAACAGAGAUGAUAAAAAACGCAGGCAGUCGGUUUCAUGAAUCUGUUCAUGGGCUAGUACGCAGAAUUUGGAGUGAGGAAAUAAUGCCCGAAAACUAUAACGUCGGUAUUAUUGUACCCAUUUUGAAAAAAGGGGAUAAAACGAUAUGUGAAAAUUAUAGGGGAAUUACUCUCUUGAAUGCUGCAUAUAAGAUACUGGCUAGUAUCAUUUCGAAAAGAUUAAAAACAUUUGCAGAAGGCAUUUUGUAUGAAUACCAACGCGGUUUCAGGGAAGGCAGAUCGACUAUAGAUCAAAUUUUUGUGGUGAAGCAAAGUAUGGAGAAACUAUACGAAUAUAACCAGGAUGUUCAUCUGCUAUUUUUAGAUUUUAAACAAGUAUUCGAUAGUAUCAAAAGGAAUACAAUUAUAACGGCUCUGUCGAGUCUUGGUAUUCCAUCAAAAUUGAUUAGACUAUAG